CCGCCCGUGCUUGUGUUAUGAGACGUGCUGUGCAGGCUGUGUCAUAAGCAGUUGAUUGACAGAUCUUGCAGCACAAAAGAAAACAUCACAAUGUCCAGGAAAGGGGGUGCCAGAAUUGUUGUGGAUGAUGAUGAUGAAUUUUUAAGUCCAACUGACUUGUCUGAGCUGUUGGCUGACGGCACCAAAGAGUCGCACGACAAAGCAGAAAACUGCCAGUUUGUCAAAGAUUUCCUGAGAGGCCACAUCAAAAGGGAGCUGUUUAAGAGAGGCACAGCAGCUCUAUACUUCGUCUACACGGCUAUGGAAGAGGAGAUAGAGAAGAACAAAGACCACCCUCACAUUGCUCCAAUCUAUUUUCCUGUAGAGCUGCACCGCAGUGAAGCCCUGGCUCGAGACCUGGAGUAUUUCUAUGGAGAGGACUGGGAGAACCAGAUCAGCAUGUCAGUGGGUACUAAGCCUUAUGUUGAGCGGAUCCGGGAAGUAGGGGAGAAGGACCCAGUGUUACUGGUGGCUCAUUCCUACACCCGCUACAUGGGAGACCUGUCCGGUGGACAGAUCCUGAAAAAAGUGGCACAAAGGGCCCUGAAGCUCCCCUCAACAGGAGAGGGUUUGAACUUCUAUCAGUUCGAGGGAAUCCACAGCCACAAGGGCUUCAAGCAGCUCUACAGAAGCAGGAUGAAUGAGCUGGACCUGGAUGUGGAAACAAAACAAAGGAUUGUGAAUGAGUCCAAUCGGGCCUUCGGCUUCAACAUGAUGGUAUUCUCAGAGCUUGAAGAAAUUGGAAAAAACAUACAAGAGGAAUUUCAAGAUCCAGGUUUUGGACACAGUCAUGCAGAGGUGAUGCAAGGUGGUGACAUCAACAAGUGCCCAUACUAUGCUGCUAAAAUGGCUGCUAGUGGAAAUCCAACUUACGCCCUCCAGUUAGCAACCAUGCUUGUCAGAUAUCCACCUUGUCAGGUGCUUCUGGCUGCAUGGGUAGCCCUUCUGGCUGGGUUUACUGCUUGGUACGUCUUCUGAGUCUCAACAAACCUCAUCAGCCAUCACUGAUGCAUCCCUUCAAAUGAUCUAAUGAUUGGUGUUCAACAAUGGCUAAUAGCCAUCAAAAGCAAACCCAAGACUUCAAGUCAACCCUUUGACCUUUUAUUUUGUGAGUAGUAUUCUAGUAUUUAUUCUAUUUCAACGGACAAGAUGUAGUUUACGAGCAGUUAAAAAAGGUUUUUAUCUAGUUAUAUGUAUGCAAUGCUAAAAACAACUCUUCAUAUACUGUUACUCCUCUGUUUAAUGAGUUCAGAAAUGCUUUAAUAUGACGUGAAAAACACAGGAUACAAGACUUUUGCUGGAUUCUUAAGAUGCACUUUAAAAAUGCAUGCACUUUCGUCAAUAAAGAUUGGUUCAAUCCAAA